UGUAUAAAAUGCUUUGAUUUACGAUGUCUUGGGGGGGUUUUGUUCGGAUUUUCUGUCUGAAAAGAGAGGAGAAGGAAUGAGCAAGGGAAAUAGCGAGUUCUAUGAUUAGCGCUCUUGGCAGGUUACGCAAAGUUGACCUUGCUAGGGACGUUCUUGAGACUGUGAUUGAUGCGUGUGGAAAAUGGGGCAUGGAGUUUAAGAGGGCGUUAGAGACUUUCGAUGAGAUGUUGAGAAAUAAGGUGCAGCCCGAUAGAAUUACCUAUAAUUCGCUUCUUGCGGGUUGUAGUAGUGUGGGACUGUCGGAGAAGGCUCGGACUUUGUUUAGUGAGAUGGUGGAGGCAGGCAUUGAUCAGGGUAUAUUUGCGUACAAUGCACUGUUGGAUGCGGUUUGUAAAGUGGGGCAGAUGAAUUUGGCAUAUGAAAUUAUGUCGGAGAUGCCAGCGAAGAGUAUGUUGUUGGAUAAAUAAGGAUUUUGUAACUUAUAAUGCUCUUCUGGGCGGUUAUGGGAAGCAGGGGAAGUAUGGUGUAGUCAGAAGAAUAUUUGCAGAGAUGAAAGCAGAACAUGUAUAUCGUAAUUUGUUAACGUAUUCAACAUUGAUCGAUGUGUUCUCAAAAGGCGGUUUGUACAGGGAGGCAGUGGAGGUCUUUAGAGAGUUUAAGCAGGCAGGGUUGAAAGCUGAUGUGGUUCUUUAUACUACACUUAUUGAUGCUCCGUGUAACAUGGGCUGGUGGUUCUUCAGGAUGUGUUGCUUUGUCUGUGCUUCUUGUUUUGCCUUGCUGAAUAGAAUCUUGACUAACAUGGAAGAGCAGUUCAUACUCAGAGUUCCACCAUCUGUUGCAGAGCGAUUAGACCGCCUUCUGAGUGAAAGUGAAAAUGCAUCAUCUUCUGAAGACAAAUCAUUGGAUUUGUCCUUUUCUGAGGAUGGGAAGAGCGGGACAUUCGUCAUUGCCAAUGAUCAUUUCCCUGCAUCUCUUCUGGAUCUUCCUUCUGUUGUGGAAUCAUAUAAAACAUAUGAUGACAGUGUGUUGAUCAAGACUGCAGACAUUGGUCAGAUGAUUAUGGUUAGAGAAGCAGGUGAUCCUGCUCCAGAUAUGGUGGAAUACAGACAUGGUCUCACCCCUUCUAUGAGGGAUGCUCGAAAGCGGAGAUUUCGCAGGGAGCCAGAUCUAAAUCCUGAGCUUGUACAGCGAGUCUUGAAAGAUCUAGUGAAGAUCAACGCUGGUGCAACAGCCAAUAAUGCUGAUGCUGAAGUUGCUGAACAAGAAGAAGAUGGAGAAGGAAAUGUUCGUAAUGUGAGUAAAAAACCUGCGCCUGCGCCUGCUGCAAAGACUGAUGCCCUAGAAGCUGGAACUAAUGCUGGGGAGCCUGACAGAAGCGACUCUGAUGAAUCUGAUGACUCAAUUUGACUUGAAGCCUCUUCUAGAAUUUAAAAGGUGUAUAGAAUUAAUAGGAGCUGUCUCCUGUGGUUCCUGUUUAGUUUGAAUAUUUCGUUGAAUAGGUAAUAUCUGUUGAUUUAAUUUACUGAAUAUUUAGCUGUAUGCUCAGUUGUAAACUCUAGUAAGGAUUUCUCAAGCAUACUCCCUGUGUACUUGGGAUUUGCGUAUUAUUAUGAAUAAAACUACUUGAUUACCGAUCAAAA